AAAACAAUUCCCUUACUUCUCUCUCCCUUUUUCUCACACACUUUCACUGCUUCCCCCAAUCUCUCCAUUCAACACUGCUCCUCCUUCCUCUCCGUUUCUCUUGCCUCGAAUGCUUCUGUUCUCUCCGAUUUCCGUUUCCUUCCUUCUUGGAUUUCCGCUACACUUUGGAAUGUGAAACUGCAGAUUAAGUUGUCGUUCAGGUAUUGGGUUCAAGAUGAAUGAUGGUAGACCAAUGGAGUUGCAUUACAUAGACCCUUGUUUUCCAUAUACUCCUAGUGAAAGCUUCAUGGAGUUCUUCGACGGCCCGCCAGCGGAUUAUGAUCACGCUGGAUCAAUUCCUUAUCAGGAAUACUGGUCCAUGAACAUGAAUCCUUACAAGUUUGGCUUGUCUGGUCCGGAUAGUGCAUCUUAUUAUGGAUUUUACGAAGAAAAUAAUAGUUUACCAAGACGGGAGUUCGAUAGGGGAGAGUGGGAAUAUCCUUUAACAACGACCACUGAGGAACUCACCACAACAGACUCUCCAUCCGGAAGGGAUGGAGUGAAUGGAAUGCAGACCAUCCCUGAAGAAUCCAGCCCAAAUCGUCAUGAUUCCAAUAGUGCUGAGGUUAUAUGGCAAGACAAUAUCGAUCCAGAUAAUAUGACUUAUGAGGAAUUACUGGACUUGGGUGAGGCCGUGGGAACUCAAAGCCGAGGCCUUUCUCAAGAACUCAUUGAUUUGCUCCCGACCUCAAAGUACAAAUUUGGAAGCUUGUUUAAAAGAAAAAAUUUUGGGAAAAGGUGCGUAAUUUGUCAGAUGUCGUAUAGAAGAGGUGACCGACAAAUAAAAUUACCAUGCGGGCAUGUUUACCAUGGUGAAUGCAUCACUAAAUGGCUUAGCAUUAACAAGAAAUGCCCAGUUUGCAAUGUUGAGGUAUUUGGUGAGGAAUCGACGCACUAGCCUAAUCUUGGGGAAAAUCUUAGUUUUCUUUGCUUUAUUAUUUUUCUUAAAUCUUUUCUUUUUGAGUUUUUUUUUUUCGGAAUUUGUUACACUUAGGUAGGUGUCGACUAGGAAAGCACUCAGCGGUCCUGUUACGUGCCCUGUUUACUAUCAACCAUAUAGUCCAAGUUUAAGUCGAUAAUGUAGUUUGAGUUUUUAUGUUAUUCAGCACUGCGGAUGGAUGUUAAGGUAGAUUUGGUCCAUAAAAAAUGGAUAAAUUGAAUUACUUACAAAUAGAUAUUUUUUGAUGCAUUAUAUUUUGUGGA